AUGACAAAAACGACAGCGGAAGAGGCCAUCGAGAAUACUGGAAUAACUGGCUUCAAGUCGAUACUUGUCAUCGAUUCAAAAGCAACUCUACUAGAAGGUGUGAAACAUGCCGAGUUUAAGUUUGAUCUACAAUGUUAUGGUAAACAUUUGUAUUGUCUGGAGUUGAAGCAAAUAAAUAAUGGAAUAGACAUAAGGUUGAUACCCAAUCCCAUGAAAAGUCGUGCCUGUCGAACACCGUCUUUAAGUGUCAAAGUUGCAUCAUCUGGAACUGUUGCCGCAGUUUAUGGGAUUUUCUAUUUCAUCGUUGAGAAUGAGAAAUCUUAG